AGUCAACAAACCAGACUCACUUCUUCAGCCUACCUGAACGGAUCUGUGUACAAGUCCCGUUUCUGAAAAGACUGCUGGCCGAGUGGACGAACCGACGAGAAAGGGACACAGAGCACAACCGUUUCUGACAUGCACUUUGAUAAAUCACCAAAAGAGAAGGCGUGUUGCACCCAGCCCACAGUAAAGAAACUUUUGGAGCAGAAGAGAAGACGUGAGACAUCAGCUGUGCUUCCCCCCUGCUCUGCUGCCAGUACAAGUCCAAUUCCUCCGACUACUAUUGCAGAGCUGACUUCACCAGAGACGUUUACAUUUACAGGUGGAGCAAUAAGCUACUCUGACAUGGCAGUGAGCUAUCAUUCUUGGGCCCCACCCCAUGAAUCCACUAACAGUUACUACAGCAGUGACCCAGGACCCAGUUAUGAUUCAUCCUACCUUCCGAUGCAACCUGAAUACAGCACACAGCAGCAAGUCUCUAUUUUUGGAGACUCAAUAUCUACGCCAUAUGACUGCUCUAUGGCGGUUCCAGAACCCAGUGUGGCUCCAUCCUGGUCCCAUCUGAGUCUGAGUGAUAACACACAGCAUAUAUAUAGCUCUUCAAUGGAUACUUUAAAACUGGAUGAAGCCAGGAUGCUGCUCAGUGGGAUGGACUACAGCAGAGCCACUUGUCAGGACGAAGACGGUGACACUAUCCUGCACAUCUACACAGCCAAAGGACUCCGGGAGUACGCCAUUGCUGCUGCAGAGAGGUUGAGAGAAGUGGGGAGGCUUGAUGCCAAGGAGCACAAGGGAAAGACUGCCUUACUGGUGGCAGUGACAGCCAACCAGCCAGAGAUUGUACAGGAUCUUCUGUUGUUAGGAGCGGACAUAAAUGCCUGCGACUUUAAAGGUCAAACUGCUCUUCAUUUGGCUGCUCAUUAUGGAUUCCCAGCAGUUCUCCAGGCAAUUCUGUCAGGUAGACCAAAUGUCAACCUGGAAGCUCGCAACUUUGAAGGCAUGACACCUCUACACUGUGCAGCCAUUUCUCACAGUGUCACCGUGAAAGCUUCUUCAGCUGCACCGGCAGAUGUUAGUCUUCAGACAAAAGCUGAGGAGAAGCUGUCAUGUGUACGGAUGCUUUUCCAUGCAGGGGCCUCCCUUCUCAGCCAGGAAAUCAAAAGUAACAAGACAGUGCUUCACUUGGCUGUGAAGGAGGGGAACAUUAAGCUUGUGGACUACCUGCUGGGGAGUCGCCUCCAAAACAUGAAAGACUUUGUUAAUAUGAAAGCCCAUGGUCACACGGCUUUACACAUGGCGGCGGGUCUUCAUGGCAACCAAAACCAGGAGAAGAUCCUGCAGCUGCUGCUGGACCGAGGAGCCGAUCCCAGCAUCCGCAACCUGGAGAACGACCAGCCAGCUCACCUGCUGCAGAGUGGCCCGCAAGGAGAACGGCUCAAAUUCAUGUUGAAAAGACGAAGCAGUUCUCGUUCUGGCAGGACCAGGAACAACUUAGAUCACUUGUAAUCCCGAUUUGCUGGGAUGAAACGUCUUCAAGGUGACUCCUCUGUUGAGAAGGGGAGAAACUUUUCAGUUUAAUUUGGGAGUCUUUGACCUAAAUGUUGAUUAAAAAAGUUUGAUUACUUUAGAUUUUUUCAGAUAAAUUGUGCCCGUGACUUACUGCCCAUAAAGUAGAAUAUUUCUAAAAUAUUGGAUUUUGCUAUCAGUCUAUUAGGUAAAACAUUUUUACAAAUUCUCAAAAUCUAAAAAAAACAACAUUAUUAUUAUCAAAAUAAUGUGACACAAACACAAUAUUAGAUAACAAAAACAUAAGGUAAUGGAUUAUGUAUUUUUGCUUCUCUGAAGCCUGGAGUACUUAUUUCUUUGAUAGGUCUAUCUCCCAAUUCAAAGUUGAUUUCUGUGAAAUCGUGAGUAAAAGCUCUGGGACCAUGUCCCUGAAACCUCUCUGACUCCUUUGGUUAAAACCCCUCACUGAUACGAUAUCAUAAUGAUACUCGGAGCAGCGGUUUUGAGAUCGAUCAGCACGUGUCUUCUUCUGUUAAGAACGAUUGAUUUUCAAACAAGAACCUAUUCAAUGGUUUGUUGUCUGUAUGGACCAUACAUAUGUUGUGUGCGACACUGGAUGCAAUUUUUUUUCAUUAUGGAAAUAGAAACUUUACUGUGUAAAACUUAAGAAACUAUGACAAAGAAUGUUUUUUUUUUCUCAAGCAGACAUCAGAUGAGUCAGCGCGAUGACAAACUGUCUGAUUCACUGUACAUUUUACUUAUGAGUCACAAGUAAAAGUACAAUAACAUUGUUUCCAUAAGAUUGUUUUUAUGGUUGAGGGCAAGCUUUAAACAGUCCCAUUUACAUUUAGCGCGACAGAUAUGAGCAGGGUGGAAAAUACACCAUCCCACUAUAAGAGCUGUGUCAGGCAAUAAUUUACACUUGUAGUGAAAGAGUAUUUAUUUUUCAAGAUCUCUUUUUACCCACCUACCUGUACUGAUAUGAGGAGGAUGAACCCUUGUAACAUGUGAAAUGACAAUCAUUAAGUCUGUCACUUGUGUGUCAUCUUUGACAUUUCUCUAUAGCACAAAGAAAACAAUUAAUCUUGCUGCGUGAUUAACUCCAUUUCAAGCAGCUCCUGACUAAGAUUACUGUAAAACUAUUUCAGUGAUAGAUGAGGUAAUAUGAGCAUAGACAAUAUUCACUUAAAAUCUGCCUUAUUAGGUCUGAAAAAAAAUCCAGUUCAUUUGAAUUUUUUACUGACUUAAUCUGACUUUUUUUUUAAGCUGUUUUAACAUCUAAGGCAUUACAGAAUGACUAUGAUUGUUAUGCUUUGUGUUUCUAUUUAUUGUAUUGUUAAGCUAUGUUUUCUAUUUUCUCUCAUGAAAUGAGGUAAUAUGAACUUCAACAAUAGACAAUAUUCAUUUAAAAUCUGCCUUAUUAGGUCUGAAGAAAAAUCUAGUUCAUUUGAAUUUUUUACUGCCUUAAUCUGACUGACUUUUUUUUUUAAAGCUGUUUUAACAUCUAAGGCAUUACAGAAUGAUUAUGAUUGUUAUGCUUUGUGUUUGUAUUUAUUGUAUUGUUAAGCUAUUUUCUCUAUUUUCUCCCAUGAAAUGAUCAUGGAAGACAGAACAACAAACAUGUCAGAAAAUCUUUUGUUGCUUUUGACCAACAUGUGCAGUACUUACAGUGAUGCAAACUGGACAAAUGUAUGAUUUGUAAUCAUGCUGCCAAUUUUAUUGCUCAACACAAAUAAAAUAUAUUUAAGACAAAUCA